GUAGGUAAUUCAAUGAUUUAUGACCUUAAAAGUCGUAGUUACUCCUUCAUCGCAUUUAUCUUUUAUUAAUAAUUAUCAAGAAGAAGUGCAUUUUAACGGGUUCAAAGAAAAUUGAGUGCUUUCUUCACAAAAACUUCUGCCAGAAAAGUGAAAUUAUUUUAUACACAAUUAUAAAUGCAAAUGAAAAGAAAAAAUAUCUUACAAUUUUAAUAGAGCUCUUAUUUAAAAGAAUAUAAGGCUAUCUGACUUUAAGAAAGCAACAAAGAAAUUAUAAUAUGUGCAGCAAAAACCUUAAAAUAAAUUGAAAUCAGUGACGUGGAAGUUUUUAGAAAAAAAAGGAAAAAAAUUAAUAAAUACGAGUAAAAAAAAGAUUUCUCUAAGAAAAUGGAAUGCAGAAAUUCUUGUUGAUUUUUUUAUAUUUGGAGUAAUACAGAAUAACUGAUCAAAAGAAGAUAAUUAACUCUUUACAUACACACUCAAUAUGGAGCUUGGUCAUGAUGUAACAACUGUCAAUCAAAAAGAUACUAAAGAUGAAGAAACUUCUGAAGAUAAUCAAAAUUCAACUUCUUCAGACAAUUUGACAAAUCGCGAAGUGUCUGUACGUGAAAACACUGAAGUCAAAACUGAAAAUGUUGAGAAUAUCGAUGGAAACACAAACGAAGACAAAAAAGAAAUUUCAAAAUAUGAAACGAUGGCUAAAGACAUGAUUGUAGAGAAAAAAGUGAAAUGUGAUAGUCAUCAUUUACCGACAUUCCCUGGAACAAUAACAAAAUCAGUUCCAGGUUCGAAUGACGUUAAAAUUGAAAUCGACAGUGAUAGUUUAUUAGACCGAGUUAUUCUGUUUUCCCUCAAGAACACAGUGGUCGAUAAUAGUAGAUUAGAUGCAGCGAAAAACAAAUAUUUAGUCAAAGAUUCCAAACCUUCAUUGUCUGCAGACCACAAACUGUCGUUAAAUCAUAUUGUUAAGAAAUUUGAUGACGAUGAUUGUGAUGUUGUUAAUAUUCAAGGGACUUCAUCAACGUCGACAAUUAGAAAAGAAAGUGAUAAUUAUGGCGGAUUUUCCAAUGGUGCUGAAAACGAAUCUAAUGUUAAUAAUGAGAAAAAUAAUGUUGAUCAGAACCAACAAGUUAUAGUGAUGAAAUCACUGUUGAAUACUCCUAAAACAUUGGAAAUAUCAUUGACAUGUGGCGAAGAAAGUUCAAAUAAACCUUCUUUAGCUCAAUGUGAUGACGAUGAUUGUAGUGAUGAAUCAAAGAGAAUGUUUAACAUAGAAACAGAUAAAUCAAGACUCGAUAUUAUUCAUUCAAAAGUUUCAUGUGCAUCGUCGACUGAUAAUAAUAAUCAAAGUAAUAAAAACUUUUCGAGGUCAUCUCCAAUUAUGUUGGAUCUUACUAUUUCUCAUCGUAAAACUAACUCUUCAACUCCUUUCAUAAAGCAACAAAAUAAUUCAUUGUAUGUAGGUUUACCUGAUUUUACAAAGAAAAUUUACUCAGCGCCUUUAAUUACUUAUCCAACUCACACAACAACCAUAAACAGUAAAGAUGUGAAGAAUCUUUCUUCCAACAAUAAUAAUUUGUCGAAGACAGAAAAUCGAAAUUCUCCCUUGUUGUUGGCUUAUAAUUGGGACCAGAGUCACCAUCAUCACCAACAACAACAAUCAAGCAGUUAUGUAAAAUGCUCAAUCACUGAAAAUGGAAAUAUUGAGACUUCCAAAACUUCUGACACAUCAUCAUCAACAUCAUCAGCUUCACCAUUAAAUUUUAACGAAAUUCUUAAGAAAAAUAAUUACAUAAAAGACCUUCAACUAAAGCCGCCUCUUCUUCCACCACCAAGAUUAAAAGCUUAUUCACCAACACCAUCAUCAGUUUAUAAAGUCGAUUAUCACAUGUCUGAUAUAUUUUCGCAGAAAAUAAGAGAAGGUUUUGCCGAGUCUGAGCAGAAUAAUUACAUGAGUGAGAGAAAGAAUGAAACUCAACAACAGCAACAAAUAUUCAUUGAUGAGCCAAUGGCGCACAUUAUUCAUAAAAGUCACUUUCAAUCUCAUCAAAUUCCUGAAAAUUUCAAUAGAACUAUGAAACAGAAAAGUGAAUCAACUGAAGUGAUUCAUUUAAAUAAUCUUAAUUGCACGUAUGCUCCUGAAGCUGAAAUUAAAUUAACUGUUUCUACACCACACCACUUUCAAAGUUCUUUGAUAAAAGAGCAACAUGAAGCACAACAGACUUCACAAUUACCACAAAUAAUGAGUGCAAUUUCUCCAGAUUUCAAUAAAAAGUUUCAUAACGAGCAACCAAUCUCACAUGAAUUUUCAUUGGAACAAAAAGAAGAACAAUUGAGACAAGAAGGAACAAUAUUGACUGUUACAAAUGAAAUGAAUCUAAAUCGUUAUCCUCCUACAAAAGAAUUUAUGGAGCAGCGAAGUGCAGCAAACUUUUUUCGUGACUCUAAAAUGAUGAAACAAAUGAAAGCUUCGCCAACAGUUGGUGACUAUAAUAGAAUGAAUCGAGAGCAAUCAUCUGCCACAACAACUAACUUGUCGUCUUCAUAUGCCCCCGGCACUCACGUUGGAAAUGAAAUCAACAUUAAUAUUAAUGUGAAUCCAACAGCUUCUACCAUCAUGCAUGAACAAGAUCGACAAAUGAAACAUGAAAUCUCAAUAUGUCAAAGAGACAACAGCAUUUUAUCAUCAACUUCAAUACCUUACUAUCAUCGGCCACCAUCGUUGAAAGGACAAUUAAAAGAUCAUGGAAAUUCUUCAGUAAUUCAUGUUCCACAAAAUUGGCCGCCAUCUCAGCAAUAUCCCGAACAAAUCAUGUUAAAUAAAUUGUCGUCAAGAAAUUCCAAUGUCAAACCAGGAUGUCGACUUUAUUUAACUUCUGAAUCAUCAUCCAACAACUCUGAUGUAGGACAACAUCAACAAGUUUUUAAUGUUGGUCAUCACAUGAAUCGACAUUAUCAAGAUGAUCGUAAAAAUCAAAAUAAUUAUUAUCAAACAUUUCCAUCCGACAACUUUUCUCGACAUCAUUUUGACACUGAACUUGAGAAUAAACGUCCGGAAAGAGAUGUGAAUUCUGAUUUUUAUUAUCAGUCUCAUCAUCAUGUAAAUCGAAGUCGCAUAGUGGAAAAUUUUAGAAGUUGUUCUCCUCCUCCGCCACCACCACCAGUUGCUCCAUAUUCCGAUGAUGGAAGACAUUUAGAUGAACAUCAUCAACAGAGACCACCACAGAUUCAAACGAGAUCACCACUGUCAGCAUCUGCUUCAAAACAAACAGAAAUUGUGCCGUUGUUGACAGAAAGAAAAGAAACAAAACGCGAAUUUCCUUUAGAUUUAUCAAUGCGAACUAUAAAGACCAAAGCUGAUUCAACUGGAUGUGACAAAAACUCAGUCAUUGCUCGGCAUCAUCAACAACAACAUCAAAGCGAAUCAACAGUUUUGAAAAUUGACUUUACACCGAAUUUUGCUGAUGUUGAGAAAAGAGAUUCAUGCCAACAACAAGAACUUUUCAUUCAACAACAUCCAGCAGGUAAUAAAACUAAUCGUGAUCGAUAUUAUCCGAAAAAAUCUACUUACGAAAGAAAUUAUCAUCCAGCACAACAUCAGCAUUUAAAUAGUUUCAAUUACAAUAAUAAAAAUUCUUCUCCACGACCAGUUUCAGUUAUCAACAAAGCAAUAUCACAAUACCAUAAAAUUCCUUCAGAACAUUUUCCAUCUCGUUCUGCUAAUCAUCAUCUAACUGAGAAUGCAGCGCAGUCAAGGAACCCACUUUAUUAUGAAAGAGAAAGAGAUCGUUUAUAUGUACAACAGAUUUUAAAACGGAAUUCAAGAAAAGAAGAUCAACAGCAUCAGCAACCAUCACCACUACCGCCACCUCAAAUUUACAGAUCACAUCUUGACAUGCAAAGUUUGCCACGAAUGAUGACAUCAGAUGAUAAAUUUAACAAUCGUCCUUUAACAAAAGAAGAUGAAAUACAAAAUCCUUUUCCAUACAAUUAUAGAACGCAACAACCACCAACACCACCACAAACUGAUCAUCCUCAAAAUCAUAGAAAUUUCAAAGAAAUUCCAUCAGCUAUAAUGAAACAACAACUUUUAGUUGAACAAAUUGAUAAUAGUUACCAAUGUCCGCAACCAAUGCGAACUGAUGCUGCGAUGUUGCCAUUAGAAAAAUGCUAUAAACCCACGACAACAAUUUCUCAAUCACAAAAUAACAAAACUCUUGGAAUUGAUGAGUCAAAUGUUAUCAAAUCGAAUGUUUUAAAUUCUGAUACUUUGCCAUUAUCAAUUCAUCAUCAAAUGAAAGAAAACGAUAUUAGUGAGAAUGUUGGAUUUAGAGAAGAAAGCAUCAAUAAGAUUGUUUCAUCGUCUUGCGUUAACAAUCUUGGACGUGGUGCUGAUCACAAUACAAUUCUUAAAUUGAAAACAAAUCUUGAGCUGAAGGAACAAAAGAAAUUGUCGGGACAAAUGAAUGAAAAGAAACCGAAUGAUGAUUUAUCGCCGCGUCUUUUUCGAACUAAAGGUGAAUUGAAAGGUUUCAUAACUACAAAUCAUCAAAAACAACCAUUAGAAACAUCGAAAAAUGAAAUAUCGGCAAUAUCUUCGUCACCAGCAACUUCACAAACACUUCCGUCAGAUAUUGAUUUAAAUGAUUGGGAAAAUGCUUGUAGUAAAUUUGUUCAACAGUUAAAAGUUGUCGAUGUUGUGAAGAAAGAGAAGACGAUUUUAACUAAAUCAAAAGCUGAAAGUGGCACAACGGGAAAUGAAAAGAAAAUUGACGAAGAAAGCAAAGAUGAAACUUCAAGUGAUGAAGACAAGCCUUUAUUCGUGCUUUUAAAUACGCAAUGUGGAUCAAUUGUGAAUAAGAAUGAUAACCAUGAAACUUUGAAAGAAGACAAUGCAGCGCAUCGAAUAAAAAAUAUGAAAAAUAUUCGUGAAAAGAAAAGAUUGGAAAUUGAACAAAAGCUGGCCAAUCGUCUUGGUGAUUCGAGUAGUUCAGAAAGUGAAAUUGAAGUUGGUCAGAGAUCUGCUCCAAUCACGAAAAAGAUGAGACGAUUUAGGAGGAGAACUACCUUAGUAGACAAUAAAUGCAAGGGCAAUGACGAAGUGAAUGAAAAAGCUUUGGAAAAAGAAGAAACCGAAGAAGAAAAAAGUCAGAAAGGACGUUUCGCAAGUAGUAGAAAAUAUGUAAAGAAAAACAAGAAGACUCCAUGUUCAGAGCAUGAUAUUGAGAAGAAAAGUACUGAUGAUAAAGUAAAUUUAAUUUCUACGAAAAAACAAGAAAGUUCCGAUGAUAUUAAUGCAUCAUCUAAAGGUGUGAAGAAAACGAUGAAGAAUCUCAAGCAUCUCAGCAAUAAUUCAUUAUAUAAAACAUUACUUGAAGAAGAAGAAACGAUGACACGAUCAAAGAGAAAAUUAGAGAUCGAAAAGAAACUUUCCAAUAGCAAAAUCUUACGAAAUGAAAAGAUUGUGCAAAACAUUGCGCCAGAUAAGAAAGCAAAGCUUGAGAUUCCACUAACUUCUGCAAUGAAAAAGCGUGAUUUACAAAAGAAAGAUUCUGAGACAACAAAGCGAAAGGUUCCUGAUGCUGAUAGCGAUACGAAUAAUAAGAGUAACAAGAAAUUUAAACGUCAACUCAAAAUGAAUAAUCUAUCAUCGAGUGAAGAGUCUACACCAACAACAAUUGAGAUGAAGAAAAUUGAAAGACUUCGUCCCAGGAAAAAUCUAUCGACUGAUAACCAAUGUACUGAAAAAGAACGUACGAAGAAUAAAAUGGAACAGAAGAAACCAAGUGACGUUAUGAGCAGCAGUUUUAUGUCAAGCCCCGUUCAUCCAAAUCCAAAAAGUUCAACAACAAAAGCAUCUUUGAAAGAUUCAAUAUUUCUUCCGCCAUUUAUUGAAGAAAAUAAAAAAUCAAAGUUCACUCCAGGAUGGGAAGUCGAAGCUUACAACUAUAAACGUUCUCUUAAAAUUCCUGCCGGUUUAAUUAGCAUCGUUCGUCCCCCACAACAUGGAAUAUCGCAUUCAUUGCCUGAUUUAGAUCAACAAAGUAGCGACACUUCCGACCUUUUUUCAGAAUUCUUAAAAUCAAAUAAGAAAGAAGAAUCAAAUCCGACGAGUCCUGUGAGUUCGUUAAACUUUACUGAAGACGAAAAUAAACAUUUUGAUAAGAAGAAAUCAAAUUCCAUCAUUGAGUUAUUACAUCAGAGAUUUACGCAUUCUUCCAAACAGAAACCAACCACAAUAAAGAAGGCGACAAAUACUCCAACUCCGAGUAAAAAUGAUUUCGAUUGUGAUUUCUUAUCGCUUAAGAAGAAGAAACAAAGAGCAGAGUUCAGUACAUGUAAGAAGGACAUUUUGAAAGAAAUUUUUGGCGUUUGUGAUGAUGAAAGACCAAAGUCAGCCCCACCCGUCAGUCUUGCGUAUUGUUUGGAUGAUGAGACUGUUGAAAAGUCAAAACCAGAUGAAAUCGUCACAUUUGAUGAAAAAUACCGCGAAUAUCUUGAGAAAUUAAAUUUUAAUAUUUUAUCUGAAAGCGAAAUCAAACGAGAGAAUGAAAAUCGAAAGAAAAUCUCUGACACACUAUUAUCAUCAAAAUCUUUGAAUGAAAACAAAGAAACAACAAUAAUCGAUCAACAAGACUUGACGAUAAGCAGCUUUAGAGGUAAAAUCAAAAAAGGAAAAACUCGUCGAUGUAAAAUGAGCUCAGGAUUCGAUUACAUUCGUAAGAAAAAGAAACCGUCCCAAAAUAUAAACGAAAAUACGAUGAACAUCAACAACAUUAUUAAGAAGCGAUUGGAGGCGAUGAAGAAUUUAGAGAACAAAGAUGAGAGUGACAUAAGUAAAGAAAUUAAAGGUUGGGUGUUAAAUAAAGGAGUUGGUGAAAGUGUUUUACAUAAAGCAUCGAGAUUAGAUUAUGUCGAUGUCAUCGCAUUCUGUCUUGACAGAAUGAACAUGAACCCUGAUCCAAAAGAUAACGCUGGCUACACUCCACUUCACGAAGCUUGUUCACGUGGUCAUUUAGAUGUGGCAAGAAUUCUUCUUCAGUAUGGUGCAAAUCAUUCAGAGACUGCUUUGUCAGGAAUCAGGCCAUUACAUGAAGCGAUUGAAAACGGUCACAUUGAAAUUGUUCGACUUUUAAUCUCUUAUGGUGCUGAUCCUUGUUUAGCUACUUAUAGUGGCCAACUUCCAAUAUCUUUAGCUGAUGAUGAAAGAAUGGAGGUGUUCCUUGAACAAUAUUUAAUAGAUAUUAACGAGAGAAAUGGAAAACUUAUCAGUUGGUUUUUCUCAGGCUCUUAUGAAAUUGAAACUUCAAGUGAACAUGGUUUUAUGGUCCUAAGUGAUCUUCCUACUGAAUGUACUGAUUUAGAAUCAUCAUCGGUCUUCUCAAUAUCUAUGACGUCACUUGUUACUGCACCUUCAACACAAUUUUCAGACAACGAAGUGUGUAAAAAAGAAAUCUCAUCUUCAUCAAUCGGUGUAGAUUCUGCUUCUUCAUUACUGAUAAAGACACCAAUCCAAGAUAAUGCUGUUACAUAUCAACAACAACAUAAGAAGAUGAAGGAUUGUGACGCAAAUAGCAACAAUUUACUUUUGUCCGAUGUCACUGACAAUAAGGAUACAAAGCCUUGCAGUGUUGUGCUAAAUAAUGUUGAUUCAAAUAUGAAAAGUUUCAAAAAACUUUCAAUGGUAAAACUCGUACAUGAAAAUGAUAAAAGGAAUUCUGAUAAGAAAGGAAAAAACUUUUUUGAUAUCGACGAUAUUACAACAUCGGAGAAUGAAUAUUUAGAAUUAGAAGAGUCAGAAGCUCCACUGCCCCCACUUUAUCUUCUCAGAGGUGAAGGACCUGAAAAAUGGAUUCUUCUUAAUGAUUUAUGUAAUCUUCUCAAAGUGAAAUCAAAAGAUGCUGCCCUUAAACAAAUUUGUCCUUUAAGUCCUUCAACUGUUUAUAAAGGAUUAAUACGUGAACUGAAAAUGUCUGACUUCCUUGAAAAAGCUACAUGUCUUCAACUUUUUUGUGCGGGAGAGAAAAUAAAUGUCAGAGCAUCAAAAGUAUCCUUGGUGCGAUAUAAUGACAAUGUUAGGAAUCUUCUAGGAGUUCAAACUAUUCGAAUGAAUAUGUGAAUGCUACAUGUGAUGAGUUCUUAAUCAGAAGGUGUUAAAAAUCUGUUUUGUUCAUCAAAUGGUUUUCCUUACUUAGCCUUUCAAUUCAUUCAUUCAUUCAAUCAUUCACGCUUUAUUCAACUUCAUGAUUAUGAAAAACUUUUUAUAUGAUAAUUAACUGUGAUAGUAAAAAUCAACAAGAAAGCUUUGCGUAGCGAGCUAUAACAUGAGAAGUGAUCUGUGGAAACCGGGGUGGAGAUGUAAUAAGUAAUAAUUUUUUUAAUUAUAAUUUCAUCAUCACAAUUUUUGAGGAAACAAAAGAAUCAAAAGUAUUUGUAGAUUUCUUACGACAAAAAUAUAAAAUAAUUAACUGAUUCUUACUUAUCUCUUAACGCCCUUUGAUUCCUGACUUUUAUAUAGAAUAAUAAUGAUAACAUUUUUAAUUAAUAGUGUAAAAAUAUUUAUAUUUAACAUGUUUUGUACUUUUAAUAGUUACUGCUUGAAUUAAAGCAAUUGGUUGUCUGCUGCAGCAGCUAACACUUCACUUUUAUUUCUCAUUCUUAUAAUUAAUGUUUAGUUUUUGUUUCUUUUUUUUGUAAAAAAUAACUUUGUAUAAGUAAGUUUUGAGAAAGAUUUACCACCAAUAUUCUUUAAUUGGUAAAGGCCUAUGAGACGGAGUUUUAUAACGAAAAUAUUUUUUAUAAUGAUCGAUCAAAGAAAUUGACUAGAUAAAUGUAGGUAAUACAUAGGAAUAAAAAAAAGAAAGACUUUGAUGUAGGCCUACAGUCUUGAAUGAAAUAAAUCAAUUCUAAAAAUGUUGGAAAUGUUAAUAAAAGUGCAAUGAGGACACAAAAAAAUAUACAUAUAUUUAAAUGAAGAAAUACCUAUAUGUAAAAUUAUUAUUUUUAUUAUUAUUAUUGAUAAUAUUCUAAAAGUC